GCAGUCGCUGUGGCGCUCAGCAGAGGGAGCGCACGGAAGGUCCCUCCCCCUCGCCAUGGCCGCAGCUCCUGUCUCUGUUGCUCCGGCCGCUGCGGCUCAGCCCCAAGCCUGAUCCCCGCGAGCACCCACGAGCAGCCGUAGGAUUCCACAGGAGCGACUGGGAGAAGACCGGAAGAGACCCUCCCCCCGGAGCUGAACUUGACCAGGGGCAGAGGGAUUGCAGAACGUGCAGAGGUUUGCCAUGAUAUGGUGAACCUAAAGACAAGAGCCAACCUGGUAUUCACAGUUUCUUUCUCUUGAGAGAAGCGAAUUACCUGCCUAAUUCCAGUAUGGCUAAGAGUGCAGAAGUUAAGCUGGCAGUGUUUGGCCGAGCAGGUGUGGGGAAAUCAGCUCUGGUAGUAAGAUUUCUCACCAAACGGUUCAUCUGGGAAUAUGACCCAACCCUCGAAUCAACUUAUCGACAUCAAGCAACAAUUGAUGAUGAAGUUCUUUCCAUGGACAUACUAGACACAGCUGGUCAGGAGGACGCUAUUCAAAGGGAAGGACACGUGAGAUGGGGAGAAGGUUUUGUGCUGGUCUAUGACAUUACUGACCGGGGAAGCUUUGAGGAUGUGCUCCCACUUAAGAACUUGCUGGAUGAGAUCAAAAAGCCCAAGAAUGUGACUCUGAUCUUAGUGGGGAACAAAGCUGACCUAGACCAUUCUAGGCAAGUUAGUACAGAAGAAGGAGAGAAGCUGGCUACUGACCUGGCCUGUGCAUUUUAUGAAUGUUCAGCUUGCACCGGAGAAGGGAAUAUCACAGAGGUUUUCUACGAGCUGUGCCGGGAGGUCCGGCGUCGGAAGAUGGUCCAGGGUAAGACAAGGAGAAGAAGCUCCACCACACAUGUUAAGCAGGCAAUUAACAAGAUGCUCACCAAAAUCAGCAGUUAAAGGGCUGCUUUUCCCAGAGAAUCCAUGCUCCAGCAGGGGUGGCAAUGGCCAGAUGGUUGUUUCUUUCUCUCUCCUCCAUCUCCCUCUCUCUCCCUCUCUCCUCCCUGCCUAUUCUUCCAUCUCUGAAAAGAAAAGAAACUACACUUUUACCUCUUUUGGCAAAGUGGGGAUUCUGUCCCCUAGGCUCUAAUACUUCAGUUAUUACAGUGUGUUUAUGCUUUUAAGGUUUUCAGGUUUUCUGUUUGUAUAUAGUGCAUUCUGUUUUACGAUAUGGCCUGUACAAAUAGGAUUGGCUGUCUUUCAGAAAGUCACUUCAAAUUAGUACAGGUCUGGGACUGGAGUCCAUUCCAAGGCAACUCUUCCCUUUCCAUGGUAGAAUUUGACUUCCAUUUGUGGAGUGGGUUCUAUCAUCACCUGAUCGGCAGGAUCCUUUUCCAUGAAUAGACUGUAUGAAUAGCUGUGUGAUGAUCAAAAUGACUAAAACAAGAUCCCUCAUGCUGGGGCUGGAAACAUUUCUCAGCCCUUUUUUCCUGUGCCCAAAAUAGGGAUACCAUUAUCUGUACCAUAACUGAAAGACCUAUCAGAUUCAUUUUCACUUACAAACUACCCCCAAAACAACCUUUUCCCUAUUCUCUUGUCCCCACCUCAUUAAAUUGAAAGUUUCAAGUAAUUGGUGUUAGAAAGUACUGUCCUUCAUGUCCAAAAUUUGUCCUCUUCCUACUUUCUUGGAAAUAUGCAGCCAAUUGACAUUCACAAUAGACAUCCAUUGCCUGAUGGGAAAAACAAAAAUUAUCUUGAAUAUGAAGAUAGAGAACCCUUUCUUUUGAAGAUUACUAUGCAAAUAAAUUAAUUUUUUAAAUGUAGCUGUGAGGUUACACAACCUGGAAAAUUUGGGGCAAUAUAUAAUAAAAAAUAUUUGGGGGGGCCUAGAUUCACUAAACUGAUUAACUAAAAUUCUAAAUGACUCCCAAUUAAACUGAAUCUGAUACACCUUUCACUUUAAGAAUGUUUAUCUUAGACCUGGUAGGUCAGAGAUCUUGUGAGCAUUUAUUUCCAAACUAUAUUAUUUGCAAGAACCUUGGAAAGGGUAGUAUUUCCUUGUAUAUUUUUACAGUAAUAUACCAGUAAAGCCAUAUUUUGACAUGUACAUCAUCAUCUUAGCUGUGGGUUCUCAAAGCCAAGCUAGAAAGAUUUCUUAUGCUGGACAGAUGGUAUCAGUCUAACUAAUUCAGAGAAGCACAACCUCAAAAGAUUGAUGAUUAAUUUUUUGACUAUGGCAAAUCAUGAAGACAUUUUAAGAUGUGGUCUAGAGUCAAGAGGCAUUGAAGUAUACCUGAGCAUAUGUAAAAAUGAAUUUUCACAAGGGUAGUGAUUAUCAAUGUCUGUAUCAAGACUAAUGGUUUAGAAGACAAUUCCACGAUAACCAGUGGGGAGAGCGAGCUAGUGAGUGAGAGAGAGAGAGGGAAAGAGAGAGAGAGAGAGAGGGGAGAACAGGAGAAUGGGAGAAAGAAAACCAGGAGAACUCUUUAUUCACAAAACUUUUUCAAUGAUUGAUUACAGUAGAUAAAAGAAGUUCUGAAACAUCAUCUAAAUGGUCACUCAUUGCCUUGUGACACUAAAAAUAUUUUAAACUUGAACCAUGAGGUUAUAUUAUUUUAUGUACAGUUGAAUUUUUAAAAUUUCAAGCUGUUGUCUAUAUCUUGAUCUUCAUUUACAAAGAUUGUUUUAAAACUAUCUGAUAAUUUGGGUUUCCAUUUAGGUUGGAGGGGUGCCUUUAAAAAGAAAAGAAUCCUUAUCUUACUGUAGCUAAUAAAAAUCACCUUUUCUUUUGCUUAAAUUUAGUUUAGAGUUUAUCUUCAGAGAUUCUUAGAGAAGAUGUCUACCCUAUAAGCAGUAAGAGGAAGUAAUAAAAUUCCCAGGGAAAGCAAUAUGAUUCCUUUGGGCAGACUUUUACCGGCCAUGGAUGCUGAUAUUAAUACCACAUACUUAAUAUAGUGCUUUAAAGUUUGAAAAAUGCUUCACAUACACCUUUUUUUUUUUUAUUUGAGCUUCAAAACAGUCCUUUGAAGUAGCUACUAAAAGUAUUGUUAUCCCCCAUUUCUGGAGGGUGAUACUGAGGCUCAUUUCUAAGUCCUGCACUCAACCCACUAUGGGAAGCUUGUUUAUUUCAGCCAUUAGUGAAGAUUGAUGAAGAAUGUGUCUGGGGAGCAAGCUUGUGACAGGAAUCUAGCCAUUUAUAAGGAAGUGAUUUUCUUGCAUCUUUGAGCUAUGUUUUAAAGGUAGAUUGUUGAUGCUAAAUUUUGGCUCAUAGUAGAACAGAAAACUAGGGUACAGCUUUUGGAAGUGUUUACAGUAUGCUUUCCAUUCUAACAGUUCUUAUUUCAUUGGCUUGAGGAAGUCAGAAAACACCAAAGAGUCAAAAGUGCAAAAUUACAAAUGAUAUUAAACAUCUUCCCUCUCAACAAGGCACACACAUAGGCUUUUUUUUAAAAAAAAAAAGAAACUAAACCUGUGAAUUCCUGGGAGUUCCCCAGUAAGGAACUUUCUCUUCCAAUGAAAUAGGCACUUUCUCUACAACUUCUAGCCUGAGAAAAAUUGCCUGGCUCACUGACAGGUUAAAUGACUUAAUGAAACUGUGUUAGAGGAAGAAGCAGACAGGUCUUUGGAGUGUGAGCACAUGAGCCCAGCUCCCCAUCCAUCAUGCCUCUUGAGAACACACAAAUAGUCAUAUUUUGUUGUUUUCAAUUCUGGGGCCAUGUGCUGACACUUUCCUCUUUUGAUCUACCCCUGCUCAUUUGUUUCACAAUUUACUUGUGGUGGAUUGGCUUUAAUUUAGCACACAUUUUUUUUUUUAAUCCCAGCAGUUUAUAAGUUUUAGCAAGACCUUUCCCUAUACAGUAUACAGGGUAGUGCAGAUAUUUUAUGGAAACAUGGACAAAAUGGUAUGGAGGAAAAAUGGAAUCUUAUUUUCUAGAAUAUUUUAGUAAGUUCAGGCCUCUUGUUUGCCUGCUGCUAACUACCUGUUGAAUAUUUUUCAUGCUCAUUAGAAUCUCCACAAUAAAAAUGGGAAAAGUAGGAAAAACAAAAUAGGACAUUUUUAUUUUUUAUUUUUUUGAUAGAGCUAGUAAGUGAUUAAGUUGAAGAAGAGGAAGAAGCUCUUGGUUAAAAUAAGGUUGUGGAGUAAUAAUGGACCACAUGGGCCAUCCAGUGAUAAGGAAAAUUACUAGAUAAGUAAGAUAAAAAUAUAUAUGAUUUCACAGUGGAAUUUAUUUAUUAAUUCUUGGUCAACCAAGUAAAAUCAAGGUACUUCAUGCAUAAAAAAGUUCCAUUUCAUUACAGUUAGAAAUGCAUGUGAAAUGAAUUGAUAUGCCAUAUCAAUUUGUAUAUCAUAUUCUAUUAUUGAAACUACAAACUUUUAACAGUGGUAUGUAUUAAUACAUCAGCAAAUAUGGAAGAAUGGAUAUUUCUUUCCUAGUAGAGGAACUCCUAAAGCUCAAUUGGCAAUGUCAGCUUUAAUUUAAAUUAAACCUCAAUUUAAAAUAGUGGCAAGGUUUAUUUUCACAGAGUUCAGGCUAAGAUUCAAAACUUCCUAUAGUCAACUCAAACUCAUCUAUGGCAGUGAGGUCCAUUUGGAUAAAUAGCACCCACAGAUAAGUUUGAAACUUCCUUUGAUCCAGUAAUCUCAUGCAUAUAGACCCUUACACACUCAUUGGAAUUCCUGGGGGAGGGAGGGUGUUUAAUUUUUCCCUCUUGUUUUUUCCUGAUUUUUCACCUCUGGCAAAAGUGGCAAAGGAAAGUGAAGUUUCAAAAGAGGGAUGAGAGGAGGAGAAGAAAGGACAUAGCAGUAGGAAAGAGGGGAGACCAAAGUACCAGAUAUGCAGUAACAACUUUAAUCAGUGAACAUUCAUUAAGCAUUUGCUGUGCGCCAGGAAUUGUGCUACUUUCUGGGGAUUCAAAUACAAGAAAAGGAACCCCUGCUCUCAAAGAAUUUAAUAAUCAAUGCAUGAAUAAUGGGGAUUCAGCUAUAUCACUCAGUCCAGUCCAUUAACCUAUACUCUCAAAAUAAGAAAUGAUAGGGCUUUGUGUUUAAAAAUUAUGUUCUUGGGGGCAGCUAGGUGGCGCAGUGGAUAAAGCACCAGCCCUGGAUUCAGGAGGACCUGAGUUCAAAUCCGGCCUCAGACACUUAACACUUACUAGCUGUGUGACCCUGGGCAAGUCACUUAACCCUCAUUGCCCUGCAAAAACAAAAAACAAAAACAUAAAAAUUAUGUUCUUUUUUAAACUUUUCAUUACUCUUUACUAAAAUAAGUGACUCAUUUUCCCUGUCAUAUCUCCAAAUCUAAAAAUUCUGGCACUUUAUUUUAGAGGAAAAUGUCCGUAUGACUUUUACAUAUAUGUGUGUAGGUAUAUAUAUAUAUAUAUAUAUAUAUAUACACACACAAACAUAUAUAUAAAUGCGUAGAUAUAUGUAUAAACCAUUUGUAAGGUUGAAGCUUUGAUUCACCAAUGCAUUUUGAAAUUUUGGUGUAACUAACUUAUUUUAUUUGAAAU